AUGGUUUUCCACCACAACAUGCUCAACCAGAGGCAAUGCCGCCUCCUGGCCGACAUGCUAGCGUCCGGUUACCAAACGAUUGCCGACCACAUGCGAAAGAACCUCGAAUUCAAAGAAAGGAACACGAAAUGGAAAGUCGUCGAGCAUCCUCUCCGCGAGCUCGUCCGCACCUUCCGGGAAUCAGAGUCCUAUAUAAGGCAGUGUUUGGAGACCAAAAGCUUCUGGGCCAAAGCAAUCUCCCUCUACCAAAGCACCGAUUGCAUCGAGUUUUACGUGCACAACCUCCUCACAGCCAUUCCCACAGCUAUCGAGGCCAUAGAGAUGGCGGGCCAGAUAUCUGGCACUGACCAGGAUGACAUAAUGAGGAGGAAGCUCGUCUACUCGGCAAAGUACAACAAGGAUGUGCGUGAUCCGCGCGUUUUUCAAAUGAUGUUCGGCGAUCAUUAUUUGGUCUCGCAGGAUUUUUGCACGCGUAUUGGGUCAGUGUGGGAUGAGGACCGGUGGCUUCUGCUCAACAAAAUUAAGGAGAAAAAGAGGUCGUCCUCCAAACGGGACCACCGUCUGGCGGAUAUGCUGAUGAGGUAUUUGAUGUGUAACAACAACUUUUCGGAAAUGAUGGGGGACGAGAUUUUGGUCCCGAGCUCGACUCUAGUGGGGUCCAAGGAUUAUCAGGUGAGGAGGCGGCUAGGGAAUGGGAGCCAUUACAAGGAGAUCCAGUGGCUUGGGGAGAGUUUUGCGUUGAGGCACUUUCACGGGGAGGUGGAGGCGCUGGUCCCGAGAUCUCGACCGAGCUCUCCCUCUCCCACCCCAAUGUACUCCACAUUCUAUGUGCCUUUGCUGAUGAGGAGCGAAAGGAAUGCUUCCUGGUAA